UUCCUAUCAGGACUGUGUCAACGAUUUCUUUUUCGAUACUUAAUUUGUUGAAAGGUUAUAAAAGGAGAUUCACAUUUCAUACCAGUUGGUGGCGGUAAUACACCAAUUCCUUGUUUGUUUGUCAAUGGCUAAGAUAACGCGAAGAGAAUAUAACGUACGUAGGGUAUAGCAUCGCUGAAUCGCGGUCUGUUCUCGCUAGUUGUUAGCAUGGCCUCUGCGUUGCUUCCGUAUCCAAAUACUAUAGAAAGUAUGAUUAAAAAUGGUUGCUCGGAUGAACAGAUAUCAAGUUUCUUAAAUGUUGAAUGUGAACUACCAAAGGGUGCUUCAAAGUCUAGCAUACGUCGGUUUUGUGAUGUGCAUGGCAUAGGAAGAAAGCGUGUUGACAACUACAAUCUCGAGUUGGAAGUUGCAAAAGCCGUGACCGAGAUUGGGCCAACAUAUGGAAGAAAAAUGAUGAAGGGAUACUUGACUACAAAAGGUGUAAAUGCAUCAGAAGGUCGAGUUGGAAGUGUACUGCGAACCACCAAUCUGCCCUAUCAUAUGGCUAGGUAUCAUGGAUCUCGGAACAUUAAUCCAGUGACAUACACUGCAGAAUACAUGGGUCGCAAACUACAUAUUGACCAAAAUGAAAAGAUGGUGAUGUUUGGGGUAACCCAUGUUGUAGCCGUGGAUGGAAACUCAAGAAAGAUUGUCGGUCAUUCCACUAUGCCAGUGAAAAACAACCUUACAAUUUAUCAAAAUGUUUACAGAAAUGCAGUGAUUGAAUAUGGCAUAUGGGACCAGGUCAGGGUAGAUCAUGGCAAAGAAUUUUAUUUAACUCUUUUUGUUCAGGAGAACCUUGCACAUCUCAGAAACAACACAGAGAGGCAGCCAUAUAUGCAAACAGCAUCAACAAAUAAUCACAUUGUAGAGAGAAUGUGGCCAGAGGUCAACAAUAGAGUGAACUAUCCACUGAAAGGAGCACUCAUCCAUUUGGUAGACCAAGAGGAGCUCGACAUGCAAGAUAGCCUCAUGCAAUACUGCGUGUCUAUGCUGACAUGUCAAGUUGCUGAAAUCGGUCUUGACCGAUUUGUGCAGUCCUGGAAUGCACACAGUAUUUCAGGUUAUGGAGUUCCAAAUCAUUUGAGAAGGGUCUAGCUGCAGACCAGAUGCACUCUCAGGCCAGAUGCACUGUCAGCGGCGCAUGCGCACUCCGACACAUGCAGUCUCAGCCGCGCAUGCGCACUCAAACAAACGCACUGUCAGACACGUGUAUGAAUUAAAUGCACCUACAGGCCAAUUAUAAGUAUAUUUAUUAAAUAUUCAAUUUAUUUAUUUAUUUAUUCUCAUACAAGAUCAAGUCGAAGUAAAAGUGUUAUUAUGAAUUAUUUGACAAAUAUAAUCGAAAACGUUCUUUAACAUUAUCAGACGAAUGUUGUAAGUAUAUUGAUUUCAUUCAUACAGUAUUAGAUAGAUGUAAAGUAUCGUUUUAAUAUACAAGAUAAUGUUUUCGAAACCUAACUUAAUCCUUAUAAUCAAUGGUAGAUAUAUCGCAUCUAUGAUACUUGGUUAACGAUACAUGUUCUUCAUACAGUAAUUUAUUGAAGAACUAACGUUAUCUAAAUUAAUUUUGUAGCGUUGCUUGAAAACUCACAGGAAAGUUUGUAGGUGACCUGCACUUUAUAGUUAUUUUUUUGACAAUGUGUUUCUCAAAAUUAUUUAAUAUGACGUUGAAAUCUAUCAAAUAUAGGGAUGUAACGAUUCACUCAGCUCACGAUGCGAUUUAUUCAAGAUUUAUUUUUACAAAAUGAACAACUUCCCUUUUAUUAUUUCUUAAAUGCUUCACGUUUCUUUGUAUAAUAAAUUAUGUUUUAUUUCAAACAACAAAACUAACCUGCAAUAUUAAAAUAAAUUAAUAUUAGAACAAUUAUUUUUAUAUAAACAAACUAUAUAUAUAUAAACUAUAAUAUAUAUAUAUAUAUAUAUAGUAUGUCUAUAUAAUAAAACUUUA